GACAAACCAGGAAGUGUGUGGAAGAACAGCAGCAGUCGGUGAACAACGUGGUGUAUAUUUAAACAGAAUGGCUGCGUCUUUCCGCUUGCCUCCCUUGCCCACUGUCAGUGAGCUGAUAAAGCUGUACAACCUGCGAGCUGAGAGACAGCUUUCCCAGAACUUUCUGUUGGACUUGAGGCUCACAGACAAAAUAGUGCGCCAGGCAGGCAAUUUGAAGAACGCCCAUGUGUGUGAGGUUGGUCCAGGUCCGGGUGGCUUGACCCGCUCCAUUCUGAACGCGGGGGCAACAGACCUGCUUGUGGUGGAGAAGGAUUCGCGCUUCAUCCCUGGAUUAAAGCUGCUCUCCGAGGCAGCACCGAACAGGCUGAGGAUUGUCCAUGGUGACAUUCUUACCUACAGAAUGGACAGAGGAUUCCCACCAAGUAUCUGUAAGCCGUGGGAGGAAGAGCCGCCAAACCUGCACAUCAUAGGGAAUUUACCCUUCAACGUGUCCACCCCUCUCAUCAUCAGCUGGCUAGAGAACAUAGCUAACAGGACUGGUCCUUUCGCUUAUGGGCGCACCCGACUCACACUCACCUUUCAGAAAGAGGUCGCAGAGAGGCUGAUAGCCAGAACGAAGAGCAAACAGAGGAGCCGCCUGUCUAUCAUGGCUCAGUAUCUCUGCACCGUCCACCACCGUUUCACCAUCCCCGGAAGGGCCUUCGUUCCUAAACCAGAGGUGGAUGUUGGAGUUGUUCACUUCACCCCUCUGGUUCAGCCUCUCAUACAGCAGCCCUUCAAACUGGUGGAGAAAGUUGUGAGGAAUAUUUUCCAGUUCCGCAGGAAGUUCUGCCACAAGGGGAUUGGAAUGUUGUUCCCUGAGGCGUGUCGGGAAGCUCUCACAGAGGAGAUGAUGCACAAGGCAGACGUGGAGCCCACCCGGCGCCCCACCGAACUCACCAUCCCCCACAUAAAGGCGCUGGUGGACGUCUACGCUCACAUGUGCAUCCGGGAUCCGCAUCUGAGGGGCUACGAGUACCGGGAAGAGCUCAGACUGAAACACUUGGCCAAGCAGAGGGGAGCACAGACGGGCAUGCCGAGCGGGACGCCAGAGAGCCCCGAGCAACCAGAGUGAAAGGACAAAGAGAGAGAAGAGCUCCUGUUAGCUGCCUUGACAUUUCCACCUGGCGCUGACAUGCAUUUUUUAACACGGUUUUACACGCAACCAAGAGCAACAACUGUGUGUGUCUGCAUGAAGGCAAGGGACAAGAAGCACAUCGUGGAUCUUUUUUUGGAAGAAUAGCUGAAGUGUCUGCUGAAAGAGCUGAUUGGGCAUCUGUGUUUCACGCCUUGCUGAGUCCACCUCGCAUAUCAAAUCUCACUAUGAUGUUGGUGUAAACAACAUAGCGCCACCGUAUCCAGGUCAUUUAUUUGCUUCCACUUUGUGCCACUGUCACUUGGGAGGUGGAGCCACAGGGGAGGACAAGCGAUGGGGGAAACGUGUGCGAAUGUGUCAUGUGUUGUGGAAAACAACUCUGGAUUUCAAAAGUUAACUUUUGGCUGAAGUCACGUCACGAUUCUUCUUUAAACACACCUACCAUCACUGUAUCUUGGCUGUACCUGUAUACUGUCAUAUUGGUUUUGAAUAAAAAGUCACUUUAUUUUUAGAUUUUUAUGCAUCCGGUUUGGGGACUUUAUCUUUGCUUUAAUUUUAAUCUCUAUUUGCAGAUGAUGUGAUCCUGAUGGCUUCAUGAGGCUGUGACCUUCAGCAUUUACCGGGCCGGUUUGCCCUGAGGGUGAAGCUUCUGUGGUGAGACUCGCCUCACGCACCUCUUGGGGUUGGGAGUGAGGUCUUGCCCCAGAUGUAGGGGUUCAAGUAUCUCGAGAUCUUGCUCACGGGUGAGGGAAGGGUGCAGCAUCUGUAGUAAUGUGGACGCUGUACCAGACCGUCAUGGACAGAAGGCAAAGCUCUUGAUUUACCGGUUGAGCUACGUUCUGCUACGUUCUCCAUAACUCACCCUAAGGGAUACGGAGAGAAGCUCAGAGUAGAUGUUGAACAGCCACUGCUCCUUUGCAUCAAGAGGCGCCAGUGGAGGUGGCUUGGGCAUCUUGUGCGGAUGCUGCCUGGACGCCUCCCCGGUGAGGCCUUGGGGCAGACCGAGAGGACACGCUGGAGGGAUUAUGUCUCACAGCUGUUUUCUAGUUGUAAUAAAAUACAGUAAUCCCUCUCAAAGAUGUAGAGACUAGCCCCCCCUCAAGCAAUUGCAUGCUAAUGGUUAUCAGCCAACAGUAGUAGGAAGUAUUCCUGAUUUAUAAAUGGAAUAUUUUCAUAUAAUCAGAGAAAAUAAGCCAUUUAAGACAUAAAUGAGACUCGAUCAUGCUUGUGGGGAAGUGAUGUCGGGGGUUCAGAGUUCAGUUUUAGCUUGGCGUAUGUUAAGGCCCCAACGGUAGCUCAUGUUAGGGAUUAUUGUGCCUGUUGUGAUUAUUCACAAUAAAAGCCUGUUCCGACAAUCAAGUCUGGUGCUUGUGUCUCUCAACCAACAUGACAGUAACAUU